AUGGCUUCGUCCAAUUAUCAUCUGCCAACUAUUGCCGCAGUGGCUGGAUUUGCUUUGGCCGCUUCUGGUUAUGUCUUAUCAACAAAUAGUUUUGAAUCUAAAAAAAGAAGACGUAGAAUAAAAAACAAGAUUAGAAGAGAACGAGAUGGAAAGUAUAUAUAUGGAUUGACCAACACUGGCAAUUUCUGUUUUGUCAAUGCUGUCUUGCAGGCCUUUGCUACCUUGUCUAGUUUACGUUCAUAUCUUGCUGAACGAGUAGAUGAACAAGGCGAUGAAUCAGCACCUACAGUUCCUCAAAACGAAUUCAUCUUGACCUCUGUUGCCUGUGCUUUAUAUGCAACCAUAGAAUUGUUGAACAGUCCGAUCGCAAAACCACAAUCAAUUACACCCAUAGACUUUUUAAACGCUUUACAACAAAAAUUCGGUGGAACUAUUAGUCGUGAUCAACAAGAUGCGCAUGAGUUAUUUCAAAUCAUAUCAAGCGUAUUGACUGCAGAAGAAGAAAUUCAAUAUAAAGAAAAUGCAACCUCUUUACUAGAUGCAGCAACCGUAAAAAGCUUUACAGGGGACAAUGAUGGUAAUAGCAAUGAAAACUUUGAAACUUCAUCUGUUUCUUCAUUUGGUACAUCUGCAUCCAUGUGGAGUUCAUUCUCUGUUUGUACAGUUGGAGGUAGUUUAAGGCCAAGAAGACGUAGUCCUAGAAAUCCAUUCACUGGAUUAGCUGCUACCAGAGUUAGUUGCAUGAAUUGUGGAUAUACCGCGCCCAUUCGACAUCAUACAUUUGAUAACAUAUCAUUGACAGUUCCUCAAAUUCCAAAUUGUACAUUAGAAAGUUGUUUGAGCACAUAUACAAAAGUGGAUACAUUGAAUGACUUCCAAUGCAGGAAAUGUAGCUUGAAUGCCACAUUAGAAUCCAUGAUGAAAGAGUUGGCUACAGUAGAAGGAAAGGAUGAUGAAAGAGCAUCUGUACUAAAAGUAGAUAUUAGAAGAAUACAAGAUGCAUUACAAUACAACGUAGAAGCAUCCUUGUAUGGUAUUCGUUUAGUAUCCCCUUCUCAAACUCCAUGCACAACCAAACAGACCAUGUUUGCUAACCCACCUAAAUCACUUUGCUUACAUCUCUCACGAUCUGUGUACCAUCCAUCAGGCAUCAUCCAAAAGAAUCAUUGUCGAGUCCAGUUCCCAGAAUAUCUUGAUUUGGCUCCCUUUACAACAAACGGAUAUCUCAACACGUCAGACCCAGCAGCCUCAUUAAGUUCACCACCCGCUACACCCAUCCUACCUCAGGCACGCACCAGUCGAACUAGCCUUGUUUAUCUUCGCAACAUGGCUAAUGGCCACCGUUUCACACACAGCCAGAAAGUAGAAGGAUUAAACAUUGCACUGAUGUCAAACAAGGAAGGUGAUCGACCUAUUCAAAACGCUUUACCCUCCUUAUCCAUUGUCCCUGUCAAUCGUGCGAUCCAGUACAGGUUAUGUGCUAUCAUCGCUCAUUAUGGUAAUCAUGAAUCUGGUCAUUUUGUUACCUAUCGACGUAAAAAGCUACCCACUGGUCAUGAAGUACGUAGUCCUUUGGGAGAUACCAAACCAAGGCCAGCAACCAAGUUUUGGAGGUGUAGUGACGAAUCAAUUGAAGAAGUUGACAUGGAUGUAGUUUUAUCAAGUGAAGCAUACAUGUUGUUUUAUGAACGUGAUGUAUAA